AUGAUGCUAUUUCAGUAUGUAAUAUGUGCUGUAUCUGGAGUUCCUGAAGUUAAAUCAAUUAACCAGACAAACUUUGUUUAUGGAAUAACUCAAUACGUUUCAAUAGAUAUGGAUAUUUCCGACAACAAAAUAUAUGGAAUACGUGGUUUGCUUACAGAUUAUCCAAUUACUAGCUAUGAUUCCAUUGGGGAUGGUUUUAAUGGUACCUAUGCAACAAUUAGAGUUAAGUACGAUGAAACUUCAAGACAAUUCACAGGAUAUAUUUAUUUAUUUCAAUACGAAACAUCUAGUACAAAACAAUAUUUAACAAUUAUUGUAGAGGAUUAUCAAAAUAUGAAAGGAAGAGCACAAUUUGAAGUAACUGUUGAGAAACUAUUUACAUGUUCACUCAUGAGUGAAUUCAAAAAUUUCUAUGACGAUGAUGAUUCAGUCGUUUUCAAAUGUCAAGGAGCUCCGUUGAAAGAAAUUCAAUUCUGUUUUUCCGAAACAAAUAAACUCUAUGAUAAUAUAAGUUACCGAUUGAGGACUGUAGAAGCUGGACCAAAUGAAUUCACGGUUACAAUAUAUCCGAAGAAUCAUCAACAUGCUUUUAAUAACAAAAGAACAUCUCUAUACUUAUUCGACGAUUCUUAUGGAAAGGCAUAUUGGAUGAUAGAGAAAAUAAGAUUCAAAACGCCGCCAAAUAUUCGAGAAUUGACUAUAUCUGAUCUUGUCAUAUCUGCAGAUCAAGAAUAUCGAGUUCGCGUUGAUGGAAAUGUUUUCGAUGAAGAUGCGGCUAAUUAUAUCCUUAUUGAUGAUGGCUUUAAAAAUCAAUCAAAUUUAAUAACAUUUACAGAGAAAUUUUAUGAAUCAUAUUAUUUGUCACCAGAGGAUUUAUCAGAAACAAAAGAGGGAACAUUAAAAUUCAGACUACAAGAUUCAUUGGGAAGAGUUACAAUGAAAACUGUUUACACAGUAACGUUCCCAAAAUGUCCUUAUUUAGUUCCUGUUCCUUUAUCAAAACCUGCUGAUUAUAUUUAUAAAGAAGGUGAAACUUUUACAGUUAAAUUACAAGUUAAAAGAGAUGAAGGAAAAGGUAAUGUACAAUAUCGAUUUAAUGAUCAAAGAUCACAAUUAGUUUUUUAUGAAAAAUUAACAAAACUUACAAAAUCAGCAUCAGCAGAUAUUGUCGAAUAUGAAGUAUCAAUAGAUGUUCCAUAUGACGAAUUUUGUAAUAAGACAGGAAAUGAUAAACUUUACAUAAGAAUGGGACUAUCAAAUGAAAUCGAAUACGAUGUUAAACUUAAAGGAGAAGCUAAUGAGAAAGAUGAUAAAGAUGAUAAACAAGAUGAUGGUGGAGAAGAUGAUCAGAAGUCAAAUAAUGAGAACAAAUGGGUAAUACCUGUAGCAAUAAUAGUUCCUCUUAUAGUAAUCGGUGUUGUUGUUGGAAUUGUUGUUUAUUUCUUUGUCAUUAAGAAGAAAUCAUCCGAUGUAUCAGGAGGCAACGAAGAUGAUGGUGAUAAAAUUUAA